AUGGCGAGCAUUCGCGACGACGAUGAGCUUCUCCUAGCUCGAAUUGGUUACAAACAGGAAUUGCGGCGUGAAUUUUCCAAAUGGUCCACAGUCUCUUACGCCAUCUCCAUCCUAGGUAUUCUAGGCUCAGUCCCCGCAACCUUCGGUUCUCCCCUGGCUGCCGGUGGCCCAGCUACAGCCGUAUGGUGCUGGUUCUUUGGCUCAUGUAUGGCGAUGUGCAUCGGCAGCUCGGUGGCAGAGUUAGUUUCUGCGUAUCCCACAGCCGGAGGAAUGUACUUUGUCACUAAGCACGUUGUCCCUGAAGAACAAGUGCCUAUUUUUUCGUGGGUACAGGGCUGGUGCAACCUUCUCGGCCAAACUGCUGGUGUGUCCAGUGUUGUGUACACAGUCAGUCAGAUGCUGCUCGCCUGUGUCAGCAUGAACUCGGAGCUGGUUGAUGGAAGAUACUCAUAUUCACCGACUGCCUUGGAAACGGUUCUCUUGUCUAUACUUCUCUUAUGUAUAUUGGGGGCCAUAUGCUCUUUAACAACCAAAACCUUACAUCGGAUAGUAUAUUGGUUUGCUCCCAUCAACAUUUCCGCAACGAUUAUCAUCUGUAUUGUGCUCCUAGCCUACACUCCCGACAAACAACCAGCCAGCUGGGUCUUCACGCACUUCACCGACGGUUCAGGAUGGGGCUCGAAAUUCUUCUCUUUCUUGCUCGGGUUCAUCUCUGUGGCCUGGACAAUGACAGACUAUGACGGAACUACCCACAUGUCCGAAGAAACCCACGACGCCGCCACGCUAGGACCUAUGGCCAUCCAAACCGCAGUCCUCGUCUCCGGCGCACUAGGCUGGAUUCUCACCGUCUCAAUGUGCUUCUGUCUAAGUGACUUCGAAGGCAUCCUCAACAGCCCCACCGGGCUUCCCGCAGCACAGAUCUUCCUCAACGCAGGAGGAAAAAGAGGAGGCACAAUAAUGUGGGGAUUCGCAAUCCUAGUCCAGUUCUUCACAGGCUGCUCAGCCAUGCUGGCAGACACAAGGAUGGCCUAUGCCUUCGCUCGUGACGAAGCGCUUCCAUUUUCCUCAACCCUCUCCAAAGUAAAUAAAUACACCCACACACCGGUCAACGCCGUCUGGUUCGUCGUCUUCUUCAGCAUCUGCCUAAACUGCAUUGCCAUCGGCUCGACCGAAACCGCCACUGCGAUCUUCAGCAUCACUGCCCCAGCACUUGAUAUAUCCUAUGUAUCCGUGAUCUUGGCGCACAGGUUCUACAGGAACAGAGUCAAGUUCAUCGAGGGGCCCUUCACGUUGGGAACAUGGGGUCCGUAUAUCAACUGGGUGUCUGUGAUCUGGGUGCUGUUUAUCAGUGCGGUGUUGUUUUUCCCGCCUCGUGUGCCUAUCACUGUUACUAAUAUGAAUUAUGGUAUAUGUGUCGGUGCAUUCAUUGCUGCUUUUGCUUUGGUCUGGUGGUGGGUUGCUGCACGGGGGAUAUAUCAGGGUCCUCGAACGGACGAUCAUAUCCAGGAGGUAUCUACUGAGGAUCUGGGUAGUGGUUAUGGGGCGGUGGAUGUUGCUUAUUCUACGUCCAUUCAGUAA